UUAUCAUUCAGGCUGGAGCACGUUGUAUUGCUGAAGUUUGUUGGAAUGGCUGCUACUAUUUUGAUCUUCCUGCUCUUGAUUCAUGCGGUUUCUAGUGCUGAUCGGGGUGUGAAUUACAGACCUUCACACAUCUGUGCACUAAAGCACUCAUCAGUGACAUUCUACUGCAAUUAUACAUACCCUACUGGACAUCAGAUCAAGAAAGUGUUCUGGACCAAAACACCUGUUAAAGAUGGAAAUAAAGAAUCAAGUGAAGAAGGAGAGCAACAUAAAGAUCUGUCUAAGGACCCUGAAUACAGUCAGAGGCUUCAGUAUCUGGGAGAUAAACAGAAGAACUGCACCAUCAGACUGAGUCAUGUGACACAGAAGGAUUCACACAUGUACUGUUUCAGAUUCAUCACUGAUGAUGAUGAUAAUGAUGAUGAUGAUAGCCAGGAACAGACAAGUGAUCCAGGAGUGACUCUGACUGUCACAGAUCUUCAGGUGGAGUCUCCUGAGACAGUGACAGAGGGUCAUAAUGUCAGUCUGACAUGUAAAAGCAGCUGCGCUCUGACUGACAGAGCAACAUUCAUCUGGUACAGAAACUCACAGCCAUUAACUGAGAGAAGAGACAGAAACAAUCAACUCCUGCUGCAGUCAGUCAGAAGAGAGGAUGCAGGCAGAUACAGCUGUGGUGUACAGGGACACACUUACAUCUCUCCUGCUGUUCAGCUCAAUGUCACCUAUUCACCAAAGAGUGUCUCAGUGUCCAUCAGUCCAUCUGAUAUAAUAGUGGAGGGAGAUUCAGUGACUCUGAUCUGCAGCAGUGAUUCAAACCCUCCUGCAGAAAUCAGCUGGUUUAAAGGAAGAAAGUUUGUAGGAUCUGGAAGAAUCUACAGCAUCUCAAACAUCAGCUCUGAUCACAGUGGAGAAUACAAGUGCAAGUCCAGAAAUAAACAUGGAGAGAAAUACUCUGAUGCUGUGACUUUAAAUGUUAUGUACCCUCCAAAAACAAUCUCAGUGUUCAUAAAUGGAUCACGUGAAAUAGUGGAAGGAGAUUCAGUGACUCUGAUCUGCAGCAGUGAUUCAAACCCACCUGCAGAAAUCAUCUGGUUUCAGGAGAAUCAAAGCUCCUCUGUUGGAUCUGGACAGAGUUUCAGUGCACUACAGAGUGGACACUUCUACUGUGAGGCUCACAAUCAACAUGGAUCUCAGAGAUCAGACGCUGUUACUGUCACUGUUAAAGUCUCAGUACUAUAUUGGAAAAUGUCUCAGACAGCCAUUGUAGUACCACUUUGUGGAAUUGUAGCUGCUGUCAUCAUUGGAUUACUAACCUGCAGCUGUGUAAAAAGAAACAUCCUGCAGUCUGAGUCCCUCAAGAACAAUUAUGAUGACAUAGGCACAAUAUCUGAUUCUAGUCUGUUCUCAUAUGUGUAUGAGAAUGUGGCUGUUCAUCCUUACAGUAAAACACUUGAUCCUAAAAUAAACAUCCCUCUGUAUGAGAAUGUUACAAUUUAUGAGAAUCUUCCAAUUCCUAACAGGAAUAUGCUGUAGUGGACGAUGGGACACACCAAAAUAUGUUACAGCCUUAAUGCUUUUCUGUGUGGUGGAACCCUGGAUGAUUGACAGGAGUGUCUGAUGAUGCUUUACUGGAGAAUUAUGAAAUAAUUUAAGACAAUGGAUGCAUGUGGAAGUCAAAAGCUUGUUGCCAGCUAAUAAUAUCAUCAUGGGAAUAUGUUGUUGCUUUAAGCAGUGUGUCUUGUUUGACUUUAAUUACUUAUACAUAAUAGUCUUUUUUUUUUUUUUUACAUUUAACUUUUUUGGAUUCAUCUUUCAUUCAAUAAAUUAUUGGUCUUGAUACUAGUAGUGUUAUUUAACAUUUAAUAACAUUUCACACAAAAAUGUGUUCAAAAUGUGAAUUCAUCCAGUGCAGUGCUCUAUUGUCACAAUCCAAUCGAUGCAAGUGACUAAAAUAAAGUAUUGUUCUAUGCUUUAUUCUUGUUUGAUAUGCAAUUUCACUCUAAAAUACAUCACAAUAUGGAAUUGAAGCUAGUUGCACCUUCACUUUAAAAUGAAUUCAAAAUGUAAAAAAUAAAAAAAAUAAAAAAAUAGGUAAUCACUGGAUAUUUACCUUU